AUGGCCAGUCGCGCACUGCUGCUGCUCGCCCUGGUGGCGGCUGCCGGCGCGCAGGACUCAGACCCGGCGGCGGCCGAGUGCGGCCCGCGGCCCACCGUCGUGCUGGUACAGAAAGGCGAGAAGCGCCGCCUGCUGCCGCUGGUGCAAACGUCCGGCUCCAUCCAGCAGCUGCUGUCGGCGCUACGGCCCGAUGCUGGCGGCGGCGACCGGGAGGCCAGAGGCGGUGACCUGGUGACCAGCGGCGGCGACCUGGCGACCAGCGAAAGCGAGCGGCGCGCCGUGUUGGCAGAGCGACUGGCGGAACGUGUCGCCGGCAGUGGCUGGGGCCUGAAGGACGCGGAGGAGGCUGCCGCGGACUCGGCCGAGAUCGAGGGAUCCGGCUGGGGUGAAGCGGAACGGAAGGAGCAGGAGGCGGCCAAGGCGACCGGCCAGGACGUCGGCGUGGAGGAGCACAAGGCAAGGCCCCAGGAUGCGGGGAAAGGAACCAGCCCGGCCACGAGGUACGGCGGAGGUGGCGGGGCGCACCGUCGCAUCGGAGCCCAUUUGCGCCCCUGGUAUCGCAUCGGAGGGAGCCUCCCAGCGCCACCUCCCGUGUGGGCCCCGUACUGGGACCACCAGCGGCCCCUCAGCUCACGCAGGCCCGGCGCGCGUCCGCGGCCCGGCCACGUGUACUUCCCAGGCCAGUUCGGGCGCGGCGGACGACUGCGGCCCGCCUUCGGCCGACGGAGCGCCACCUACCGGCCGUCGCGUGGAGACACGUUCCGAGCGGCCGCCCCGGCGGAGCGCGACUUGCUCGCGCCGGGUGAAGCUCCACCGCCCUGGCUGGGCCAGACCGACGCAGCGGAGGGCUUCAGGGAGCCCGACGACAGGCUAUUCCGAUUCCGACCGUCGCUGCUGUGGCCCGAACAGCCGGAGCUGAGCUACCAGCGACUGCAGCCGAGGAGCGUACGGGACCCGAGGUCGGCCCAGACCGACUGCCAGUGGCAGAUUCAGACGGAGCCGCACCUGUACCUACUGGUGACACUGCACAACCUGAGCGCCCCACUGACCAGCGACUGCGCGGACGCCUACAUCGAGGUGGAGCGCGAGAACGACGGCUUCGAGGCGCGCUGGUGCGGCAACAGGGUCAGACAGAGCGGCACGCGGCCGCACCUGGUGUUCGCGCGCGGCGAGGUACGCAUCGCCGUGCACAGCGACGGCGCCGCGCAGCCCGGCAGCCUGCCCACCGGGUUCGAUGCCGAGGUGGAAGUGAUUGACCUGCUAGACGCGCGCCAGUACGCCUCGUUCCGGCGCUCGGGCCUCAACUUCCGGCAUCUGAUCCACGAGCCGGUGCUGCCCCCCUCCUAGGCGGCUGACGGCACCCGGCCGGCCUCUCACCGGACCACAGCGGCGGCACCACAGACGACGGUCGGACGCCCGGCCGGCUGGGACGGCACCGGCGUCCCGUCCCCCCGCAUGGGCAUUAUCGCACACGUGUUCAAGGCUUGUUGGAUAACCAAUCUCGCACUGGA